UUAUUUAUUUACAGCAUUUAUAUUCUGCCCUUCUAACCCUGAAGGGGACUCAGGGCGUAUCACAGAACACAUACACGGCAAACAUUCAAUCCUGUUAAACAGACAGGACACACAACAGAUAGAAGUAUUCUGUCGGCUUCAGUGUCCUGGAGGUUAUGCUUGAUUCUGGUCACAGGGGAGUACUGUCCUUUCAUCCUCUAUGACAGCCCAGUAUCUCUUAAGGGCACAGUGGAAAAUUAGGGGUAUAGUUUACUACUACAGACUGAGCAUCUCUUAUCCCAAAAUCCCCAAAAUCCAAAAUGAUGUGCAUGGGUGACCGAGAGAGUGAGACCAAUACUUUCUGAUGGUUGGGUAUAUCUGGUUUUUAGCCUCCAAAAUGUUACAAAUAUUGUGUAUAUAAUGACCUUUUAAUGCAGACAUGGGCAAACUUGGGCCCUCCAGGUGUUUUGGACUUUAACUCUCACAAUUCCUAACAGCUGGUAGGCUGUUAGGAAUUGUGGAAGUUGAAGUCCAAAACACCUGGAGGGUCUCCAGAUAUCCACCUUCCCUGACUACUAAGCUCAGCAGCUGGGGGUAAUGGAGAUGUAUUAGAAGCCUCAUUGUUCAGAACCAAGGAUCUGGAAGGAGGCCAAGUAAAUCUGGAUUCUGGAUCCUCCCUUUCGCUUGGUUCUGAUUUAAACCAGCUCUGGUUUCCUCCUUCCCAAACCUGAGCCUUUGCAGAACCCUGCUGGUCCUUUUCCAGACUACAGAGAGGAUUUCAUUGCCUGGUCUUCAGCUGCACCUCUUUUUGGCACUGUUGAAAAGCAGUUGCUUCUUGAUCUCCAACCACUACUGUUUUUCCUUCUUCCUUUUCUUUAUCAUGAGAGCCACUCGCUGGGGGAUCUGCUCUGCAGGGAAGAUCGCUCAUGAUUUCCUCGUCGCCCUGAAAACUUUGCCACCCGAGGAUCACCAGGUGGUGGCCAUUGCUUCUCGGGACCUCAGCCGAGCUCAGGAAUAUGCCAAGAUCCAUGGCAUCCCCAAAGCAUAUGGGUCUUACGCAGAACUUGCUGAAGAUCCAGAUGUGGAUAUAGUACACAUAGGGGUGGUGAAUCCCUAUCAUCUUCCCACCACCCUCCUCUUCAUCGAGGCCAAGAAGAAUGUGCUUUGCGAGAAGCCCAUGGGCAUGAAUGUGGCAGAAGUGAAAACAAUGGUGCAGGCAGCUCAGCAACACCAAGUUUUCUUUAUGGAGGGAUAUUGGACUCGUUUUUUCCCUGCUACUGAGAGAAUCCGUUCCUUGCUCAGCCAAGGUUCAGUUGGGGAUGUGAUGGUAUUUCACGCUGACUUUGGGAGCCCACAACUCACAAUCCCUAGGUGUGUAGAGAAGGAACUGGGAGGAGGUGGCCUUCUGGAUAUUGGUGGUUAUUGUAUCCAGUUUGCCUGUAUGAUCUUCAAUGGAGAAGAACCAGAAUCCAUCACGGCCUCUGGGUUCCUGCAUGAUACAGGUGUGGACAAAACUGUAUCAAUCAUUCUGAACUAUUCAGGUCAACGUCAGGCUGCCCUUACUUGUACCAUGACAGCCAAAAUGCCCAAUCGAGCAAGCAUCAAUGGAACAAAGGGAAUGAUUGAGAUUCCAUCAACUUUCUGGUGCCCGACAGAGCUGUUUGUCAAUGGACAGAGCGAGAAAUUCCUCCUGCCUCCACCUUCCCUGAAAAUGCACUUUACCAAUAGCACAGGCCUACGAUAUGAAGCAGAACAUGUCAGACAGUGUCUUCUCAAAGGCUUAAAGGAAAGCCCAGUUCUGACCCACAAGGACAGUCUGCUGAUCAGUUCCAUCCUAGACGAAGUUCGGAAGCAAGUGGGAGUGUCGUACCCUCAGGACAAAGCACACCUUCAGCACUAAAUAUGACACUUUCUCAUUUCUUCUUACUGUUCACAGUUUUGGGCUCUCUAUAUUCUCAACAUAAGCCAAAUAUUUCCACUUAGCUAAAACCAGAUUCCACUGGAUGCCUACAACGAUGUAUGGGUCAGGUAGCAGAUAUUGUGAAGCUUGUAUGACCAAUAAAAUGGCUUUUCCCACAUGUCGAACUGUGUUUUUAGAAUGUUUUGGAAUCUGUACUUCCCCAAGAAGCGCUUUGCCUCAACAAUGAAUUGGCCUUGGAAGAAGAGGAAUAUAUUUUCUUAGUUCUCCAGAAAGUUAACCUUGGAGAGAGUUUCUGAAAGAGACAUUGAAUUCUAAUGUCAGAUACAAGUCCUACACCAGUGGUUACGAUGUUCAACUGUAAAUAAUAAACACAUUUACAUUAGGCAAUCCCUCAUUG